AUGGACAUCUACGAGCGCUUCCGCGCUGGCGACGCCAUCCAGUGCAUCGACAUGCACACCACUGGCGAGCCGACACGCAUCAUCCUCAGCGGCUUCCCCAAGGUCGCCGGCACCCUGCUGGAGCAGCGCGAGCAGUACCGCGCCCACCACGACCGCUACCGCCAGGCCGUGAUGCUGGAGCCCCGCGGCCACGAGGGCAUGUACGGCGCCCUGCUGGUGCGCGACUCGGAACUCAUCGCCACAGGCGCCGCCGACAUCGCCGUCCUCUACCUGCACAACGAGGGCUACUCCACCAUGUGCGGCCACGCCGCCCUCGCCCUGGGCCGCUUCCUCGUCGACACCCACGACCUGGCCGUCUUCCCGCGCCGCGACGCCCUGCCCUUUGACCGCGACACGCUUACCACGACCGUCAACCUCCACACCCCGUGCGGCAUCAACCGCCUGUCCGUCCCGACCACCCCGGACGGCCGCUCCGCCGACCCGGCCCGCCUGGUCUCCUUCCUCUCCGUGCCCUCCUUCGCCGGCGCCCUCGACCUCUCCGUGCCCAUCCCCGCCGCCGCCCGCUGGCCGGAGCUCGCCGGCCGCGACGCCGUCACCGUCGACCUCUCCUAUGGCGGCGCCUGGUAUUGCAUGGUCGACGCCACCGAGCUGGGCUUCUCCACGGGCCUGCAGCCGCUGCAGAUCGCCGCCUUUGACCGCAUCACCCGCAUCGUCAAGGCCGCCAUCGUCGACAACCCGGCCGUGCGCGCCCAGAUCCACGUCCCGCACGGCAUGGACCUCGACUUCUACCUCUACGGCGUCAUGGUUGUUGACGCCGCCCACGCCGCCCCGGUCGCCGACGUCGCCGGCGCAGAGACCGGCCUCUGCUUCUUCGCCGACCAGCAGAUCGACCGCUCCCCGACGGGCGGCUGCGUCGCCGCCCGCAUGGCCCUCGCCGCCGCCAAGAUCCGCCGCCCGCUCCGCCAGCGCUGGGCGUUCCACUCCCUUGUCUCCAACCCCUACGGCGGCGCCUUUGUCGGCUCCAACGUCGACGAGGUCGACAUCCCCGGCGGCCAUGGCCUCUCCGCCCGUGGCGUCGUCGUCCAGGUCGAGGGCCAGGGCUACUAUACCGGCGCCGCCACCUUUGUCACCGAGCCUGCCGAUCCCCUCACCACGGGCUUCUCUUUGAAGGAACUGGAGAGUGCUAGCUAG